GGGUGACUCCAACAUUCCAGUGCCUCAGUGCCCUUGUCUGUGACCUGUAGGCAUGGAGACGUCCAGUGGGACCCGGCUGGGGAAGCUGCCCUCAGGUGUGACCAAGGGUCGACCUGCUAAGCAGUCCCACCUGCCUGAGGCUGCCAGGACGGUGGGGGCCGAGGAUGGCAAGCAUGGUUCUUCCUGUAAUGAGAAGGCUGAGGGUAAGAAGAAAGGACGCCCCCGAGCUGAAAUCCAAGAACUACGGAGCAUUCCUGCCGCCAUGAUGAUCCAGUGGAAGGAGGAGUUCAAGAGUCGCUCCAGAGUCAAGUGUCCCUGUUCGGGCUGCUGGUUGGAGUUUCCCAGCAUUUAUGGGCUCAAGUACCACUACCAGCGCUGCCAGGGGGCAACCAUCGCGGAGAAACUGAGCCACAGCUGCCCGUACUGCGAAGCGGUCUUCGCCUCCAAAGUCCGACUGCAGAAGCACAAGAUCUGGAACCACCCAGAGAGGGUGUCACAGGAGCCCAAAGCCGAGCCCAAAGCUGAGCCCAAACUACAGAAGGCGACAGUCAAGGGGAGUGCCAAGAAAAGGCCUGCUGAGAGCAUGGCCCAGGCGCCGGUGGUGUGCAAGGUGAAGCGGACGCAGGAGGCCCAGCCUCAGCCCUCUCAGAACGGCGAGUGUGCGCCGCAGAAGGCCGACAGGAAGCAGCACGCUGCGCAGCAGAGCACCUCCUCGGAGGCGUCACCCAGGACGCCCGGGGGCAGCGAGAGUGAGGGCAGCAGCCUCCCCCCGCCCUACCCGGAGGAGGACCCCGAGAGAACAAGGCACAGGAGGAAACAGAAAACGCCAAAGAAGUUCACCGGGGAACAGCCCUCCAUUUCCGGGACGUUCGGACUGAAAGGUAGCUCCUGCCUCUCAGCUCCUCGCAAGGGAAUGAACAAAGUUGAAGAGAAGCUAAAGUCUGGAAGAGCGAAGAAAGUGGACGGAAAUGUUUUUAAUGAGGAGCCCACAAGGAAACUCCAGACUCCAGUCCUGAAGAAAGACUCGUUCUCGCUGUGCUCUGGGAGCCCAGAGGCGCAGUGGCAGCACGCCAUCACUGAGAGGGGUGAGGUAGUGUGCCCCAACUGCUCCCUUGUCACCAGGAAGACGGUGCUGGGCCUCAAGAAACACAUGGAGAUCUGCCAGAAGCUCCAGGAUGCCCUGAAAUGCCAGCAGUGUCACAAGCAGUUCAGAUCCAAGGCGGGGCUAAAUUACCAUGCAAUGGCGGAGCACAGCAACAAGCCUUCGGGGAGCGAAGGCCAGGCGGGGGACGGUCAGGAGGAGAGAGAGAGGCUGCGCAGAGUGCUGAAACAGAUGGGGAAACUCAAGUGUCCCAGUGAGGGCUGCUCGGCACAUUUCUCAAGUCUCAUGGGCUACCAGUACCACCAGAAGCGCUGUGGCAAAGAGCUGUCCGAGGCCGACAAGCCUGUCUUCAAGUGCCAGCACUGUGGUAAAACCUAUAGGUCCAAAGCCGGCCGUGACUACCACCUGCGAUCCGAGCACCCUGCUGAUACCAUGACCGUUACUGCGACAAGAACAGAGCAGCCACAGCAGGGGGCAAGGAAACAGCAGGCCGUGGCAGAAAAGGCGCAGGAGGAGGAGCAGCAUAAGGAGGUGGAGAAGGAGAGGGAGGUGGAAGGGGAGGAGCUGGUGGAGGACUUUGAGAGGACGCCCAGUGGGAGGGUCAGGCGUCGCUCCGCCCAGGUUGCGGUCUUCCACCUACAGGAGAUUGCAGAGGAUGAGCUGGCCAGGGACUGGGGGAACAAGCGGCGCAUAAAGGACGACCUCGUCCCCGACACCAAGAGACUCAACUACACUCGCCCUGGGCUUCCAACAUUUAACCCCAAAACGCUAGAAAACUGGAAGAAUGAAGUCAAAGAGAAGGGCUUCAUAUGUUGUCCCAACUGUAGCUGUGAAGCUGUCUACUCAAGUGUUUCAGGACUUAAAGCUCAUUUAGCAAACUGUAACAAGGGUGGGGGAGCUGUGGGGAAGUACAGGUGCCUGCUGUGUCAGAAGGAGUUCAGCUCAGAGAGCGGCGUGAAGUACCACAUCAGCAAGACGCACUCUCAGAACUGGUUUCGUGCUGCUGGUCACGUGGCGCCUAAAAGCAAGAGGAAAGAGCUGCCGAAAGACUUAAAGAAGGACCCGAAGAGCAGUGCAACCGGGAAGAAGAGAGGACGCAAACCCAAAGAGCGCCCCCCAGAGGCCAGCCAAAAGGAAAAGGAGGGGCCUGUCCGGUCAGAGACUCAGAGCAUUGCGCACACCUUGGCCCCUGAACCGCCAGACCAGACCCUUAAAAGAGACACAAACAUCCCCACCAAGAGAAGGGGCAAGCCCAGGAAGAUGCCAGCCAAUGAGUAAUUUCUUCUGUACAAGACCCAGACAGGAUGCAUUCAACAUAGUACCCGUAAAAAAGAUAAUAACAAUAACAAUAAUGAGCUUUUUGCUUAGACAUGAAG